UGAGAGAAGGGAACCCAGGCACUGGGGACACAGACAGUUCAUCCUAACGUCACCCUCCCUCAGGGAGAAAAGGAAAUCCUGUGUGUGUGUGCGCGCCUGUCUCUAUGAGUCUCAAGGUGGUCAUACACGGGUAGAUUAAAGCUGCCGAUAUCGGUCCUUUAGACCAAUUCGAGUCUAAUGAUAAGCAGUUAAGCACUGUCCCAAAAGAGACAGACAGAGGUGAAAGGACUGGGGAAAAUGAGAGAAGUUAUUGAGUGACAGACUGAAGAAAACAAAAGGGAGGGGGUAUAGGAUAACGUCUAGAGAGGAGAUCAGAGAGGCCAUAUGGGUGAGGUGGCGGUGGCAGGGAUAUGCUGCUGUUCAGGGGAGACAUUAUGGAGAAAAGCAGAAGCUCUGGGGAGGAAGUAGGAAGUCAGUGGAAGGAAGCAUUUACACUAAUGAUAGGAAACAAGUGAAAGUCACCAGAGGGUUGUCAAGAGGCAGAAUAAGGGUAAUACUAAGAGAGCAGGGAGGAGGAGGAGGGGGCACCUGAGCAAGGCGAGCAGCACGAAAGCAAGCGAGAGAGAAGAGGGGGGCAUGAGGGAAAUCUCUCAGUUCGUCACAACUUGUGAGUGCUACAGGGAUGCCCAGCUCCCCACAUCACCCCCAUUGCCGGUGCACUAGAUGAAGUGGCAGUCAGUUAGGGCUGCAGCCUGUAGGAGGACUCUAGAUAAGGCUGGAAGAGUGUGACACCAGCUAGCCAAGCUGCGGGCACUCAGUCAGACAUGUAAGUACGUCCCUUGCCGUGUGUCACCAACAUCACACGCGGGAGCUGCAGUCGCCAAAUGAGACAAGCACCCAGCCUGGGGAGCUAAAUGUGGGGGAGGGAGCUGUGGGAAAGAGGAAGACAGACUGUCAGCUCAGUGUACCAGGCAACAAAAGGCUGGCACCGAUCUGUCUGCCCGUCUCCUGCAGCGCUUUGCUUCCAAUCACAGCUUUGCUACCCUCCAGCCACAAGUAGCAGGGAUGCUGUGCAUGGGGAGGGGCACGACACAGAAUAAGGGCUGAUAUAUCAUGGGAAGACAUUAAGAGAUAAACAGAUAGUGACGCUGGUAAACUAAAAUUUCGUGGGACAUAAGAACAACAACAUGGAAGUGUAAACGGCAAGUACAUCUUGGAAUACGCUUAAAUAGCAAAGAGAAAACGACACUCUCACGUUGUGUUGCAGAUGAUUUGUACUUUCUUGGACAUGACCAGAAACCCUUCCAGGUUUAAGUGCUUAUGCUGGAUGUACUCGUGUGUUCAUUGUCUCUUUCCAAAAUGGAUUCAAGGUAUUAAGCAAGAAACCCUUCAAUAAAGUUUUAAGGCCUACAGUUCACAUUGCUAAAACCAGGCCAAAGAAGGAAUAAGCCAAUCAAAAGAGAGAAAGAUUUAAUGGGGGGACAGAAAACAAGGAGAGAGAAGGCAAGAAUAUGGAAAGCAAAGAUAAAGAAAUAAAGAUCUUGGGAUGAUAUGCUAUUUUUGGAUAAAGAAUACUUGACGCUGGUGCCCCCUUCAGUGAAUCUGCAUUGUGUGUUUGGGGGUACCUGCCCCUCUGUAUGGCAGAAUAAAAUGGUUAUGUCUCAGGGCACAUACACCUUCCUAAGCUGCUUUGCAGGCUUUUGGCUUAUUUGGGGACUUAUAGUGCUGCUGUGCUGCCUGUGCAGUUUUCUGAGACGACGCAUGAAGAGACAUCGUGAGGAGAGAUUGCAAGAGCAGAGCUUGCGUUCUGUGCAGAUAGAGCCCCUACAGUAUGAAGAGUAUGUAUGCAGCCCACGCAUCCCCGUGUCACAUCGAAUCCGCGCCCAGGCUCCACCUCCACCACCACCACCACAGCCACCAGCUGCACAAGCUCGACCUUGGUCUGCUGCCCGCAGGAAUGAGUCAGACCUGUCUCAGCCACCAUGUUAUGAAGAGGCAUUACUGAUGGCUGAGCCACCACCACCCUACAGCGAAGUGCUCACCGAUACUCGAGGGAUCUACCGGAAGAUCUUAAACCCCUUUUUGUCUGUCCAGGAUGAGUUGGUGAAACCAGAGCAACCCCUCAGCCAUAAACAACAUCUAACAGGACAGACACACACCCAGCCACUUCCCGGAGCUCUGAGCUCACAGAUUUUGGCCAAUCCUCCACAAGAAGCACAGAGGGCUAGGCCUCCAUCCUGGGCUGGCUCUGACAUCAGCAGUGGUGGCUUGCACAGACUCCCUGGUAGCUGCCAAUUCAUAUUUCCCAUUCCCGUGCUGGGCAGGACUACGGCAGUUUGAAUAUGUUCUAGUGAUCAUAUAUCCCUCAGCUACUGCUCUUCAAAGAUUACGGGAAUAUAUACAUUUUGAAUAUGAAGACCUAAUAUUUAAAUAAAAUAGUGAAGUGUAUGAGAGUGCACAUCACUUGCUUCUAUCAUUGUAAUUGCAAAAAAAACAAACAAAAAAAAAAGAACCUUUGAGGAGCCAUUGAAUAUGACUGCCUGCUGGACUACAGGACCUGUGACUAUAAACUUUGUACAGUUCUCCAAAAUACACAUGUGUUGGACUGCACUAUGCCCGGUACAGAAUAUGUUUGAGAGAGAUACCAAGUCCAUACUCAGACUUGAAGCCAUGUUUAUUUAUUUUUGAGUUCCUAUUUUAUUUCUCCUAUUUUUUUGUGGUAUUAAAGUUAAAUGUGCCGA